AUGUCUUAUCAACAGCAGCAGUGCAAGCAGCCCUGCCAACCCCCUCCUGUCUACCCACCUCCAAAAUGCCCUGAGCCAUGUCCACCCCCAAAAUGCCCUGAGCCAUGUCCACCCCCAAAAUGCCCUGAGCCAUGUCCACCCCAAAAAUGCCCUGAGCCAUGCCCACCUCAGCCAUGCCAGCAGAAAUGCCCUCCUGUGCAGCCUCCCCCACCCUGCCAGCAGAAGUGUCCACCCAAGAACAAGUGA